GUUGAAGAUCAACGGUGUUUGCACACGUUGAAUUUACGAUGUGCUACGUUCCACAGAGUCGGGACUGUUCGUCCUGUUCCUCCAAGCCUUAAGUAAGGUCUUCAAUCGUCGCUGGAAAAUUCCCAGUUUCUAUACACUUUCAAUAUGGUGUUCAAAAGUAAACAUACACUAGAUGAGAAUAAUCAUCAUGUCACAUCUAUCUUCCGUAAGACGGGCGAUCACGCAGUCAUCGAUCAUAAAGCCGAUACCGACGAAGAGAUUCUCGGCUCUCUAGGCUACAAACAAGAAUUCAAAAGAGAAUUGUCAAUAUGGUCAUCUUUUGGAGUCUCGUUCUCGUGUCUAGGUCUUUUGCCAUCGAUUGCAUCGACUCUGGGUUAUAAUCUGGGGUAUAGUGGGCCGGCGGGUUCGGUAUGGGGAUGGCUUGUUGCGGGGAUUCUGAUACAGUUUGUCGCAUUUGCGAUGGCGGAAUUGUGUUCGAGUAUGCCGACGGCGGGGGGUCUGUACUAUGCUUCAGCUGUGUUGGCUCCGGAGGGUUAUGGACCUUUAUGUUCUUGGAUAACCGGAUGGUCAAACUUUGCGGGUGAAGUAACAGCACCGUGUGCGAUUAACUAUGCACUUGCGGCGAUGAUGUUGACAGCUGCUCAAAUCGUUCAUCCGGAUUAUGUCGUUCAAACUUGGCAUGUGUAUCUUUUGCUUUUGGCGUUGCUAGUCCUGCAAGGUCUUCUGGCUAUGAAUUCUACCAAGUUUGUUGGAGCAUUGAAUACGGUGGGAACUGUCACAAAUUUGAUUGUACUCUUGAUUUUUGUCAUUUGGUUCCCAGCGGGUUCGAUUAGCGAACCGAAGACAAAUCCGAGUAGUGUGGUGUGGACUUCUGAAGGUGUUGUUAACGGGACAGAGUGGCCUACUGGAUUUGCUUUUUUGAUGGGAUUUUUGUCUGUUAUUUGGACACUGGCUGGUUAUGAUGCGCCAUUUCAUUUGAGCGAGGAGUGCUCAAAUGCAAAUAUUGCUGGUCCGAGAGCUAUUGUCAUGACAGCUCAAUUAGGAUUGUGGCUUGGUUGGGCGAUUAUCUUGGUCAUUGCGUAUACUGUGAAGGAUAUCCAAGAUGUGGUUUCUGGAGAGUAUGGUCAACCUAUGGGAAGCUUAUGUCUCCAAGUCCUUGGUCCAAAAGCUGGACUUGCGAUGUUUUCACUUAACAUGGUCGCUCAAUUUUCUGUUGGACAAGGCGUCACAGUCGUCUCAUCCCGCGUUGUCUACGCCUACUCCCGCGACGGUGCCCUCCCCGGUUCCCACUGGCUCAAACAAGUAAACCCCCGCACCAAAACACCCGUCUACGCCGUUUGGUUUGUCCUCACUCUAGGUGCACUUCUCGGCCUCCUCAUGUUCGCUAGUCCGGUGGCUAUUGGGGCUGUCUUUAGCAUGGGUGCCAUUGCGCAAUACAUUGCUUUUGUAUUCCCUAUUGCGUUGAAAGUUUUCAGUGCGAAGGGGAGGUUCCGUCCUGGUCCCUGGAAUCUGGGCCGUUUCUCAACGCCCAUUGGUGUUGUGGCCGUUGGAUGGGUAUCUCUUAUCAUUCCAAUUCUCUGCUUCCCUUCAGUUACAGGCGCGGACUUGAAUGAUCUGAAUAUGAACUAUACUUGUUUAAUAUAUGGGGGCACGAUGACUUUGGCUAUGUGUUGGUAUGCGAUCAGUGCUCGGAAAUGGUUCAAGGGGCCAAAGAUCAAUGUGGAGCACUUGAUUCAUGGGGAUGGUUCUGGAGAUGGCUCUAGAAUUGGGGGGACGGGAAACACUGUGGUAGAAAAGGAGGGACAAACAGUGGGUGAAGAUGGAUCGGGUGAAACUGGAGAGAUGAGGAGUUAAGUGGUUAAGGAAGAGCUUCAGGGUAAAGAUGAUAAUGAUUAGGUAGAAUAUCUCGAAAGGCAUUCAAAUAGCGAAAUCUAGUCCAAAAAUCCCAGAACGAGAUGAAAAGACUAGAAGAUAAGGUUAUAGACCUCGUACAGAAAUCAAAAUCA